UUCAGGUGAAAUUAUAGUGUUUGUAAAUUGUCUGCCUGUGUGUGUGAGGGACCAUGUUGGGUUUUGUGAAUAGCUUAAUGGUGCGACGCUUCCUCACCUUCAUUACGGGUCUGGUGGAGUGUCUGUGUUUCGCUGGAGUCGUGUUCGGGUGGGCUUCACUUGUUUUUGUCCUGAAGACGGAGGACUACUUCAGCUCUCUGUGCGUCAACACCACAGGAGUCAAUGCAACGCAGGACUUAGAUUGCAGUGGACAGGAUCAACAGUUCUCGUUUGUUUUCACCAUCGCCUCCUUUAUGCUGAAUUUCCUGGCGCUGCCCAUUGGUUUCCUCUUUGACCGGUUUGGUACCACAGUGGCUCGGCUCUUUGGAAUAUGUCUUUACACCACGGGGACCUUGAUGGUGGCCUUCUCGACUGCAGCUUUGUCCAACCUGCUGUUCCCAGCUCUCUCCCUCCUGGCAGUGGGUGGCAUCUUUUUUUUUCUGACCAACAUCCAGGUAGGAAACCUGUUUGGCUCACGUCGCUCCACCAUCAUCACUCUCUACACCGGGGCCUACGGGUCUUCCUCAGCACUCUUUCUUGUCAUCAAGCUGUUACACGAGGCUGGCAUCUCUCUCCUCUUCUCCUUCCUCUUCCUGUCCGCCUGCAGCGUCAUCCACCUCCUCAGGACUUUCUUCCUGCUGCCCAGAGACCACAUUCCCUACCUGCUGCCUGAUGACUACACAUACGGGAUAACCUGUGGUAAAUCAAGGACUAUAAGCUUAGAGCAGAUAACAGCGAAUGGUAACGCUCAGAUGACAACAGAGGAAGACGAGGACAUCACUGUGAAACAAGAGAAGAGUUUCCGUGAGUGUGUGAUGUCCAGGUUCUUUGUGUUGCACCUGCUUUGGUUGUCGGUGAUGCAGCUCAGACUUCUCUUCUUCCUCAGCACCCUCAACCCCAUGCUGCAGCGGCUGACGGCGGGAGAUCCUUCACUGGUGAGCCAGUACACCAAUGCCUUUGCUCUAACGCAGCUGUGUAGCGUGCUGUGUGCUCCCUGGAACGGCCUCAUCAUGGAUAGACACAAGGGCAAACCUCGUGCUGAAGGAGAGAGUGAACAGGAAGCAGACCUGCGGUCUUUGGUGCUUUCUCUCUUUCUGACGGUGCUGCAGUCUGUGGUGUUCUCAGUUUGUACCACCAUCCCAAACCUGCCGCUUCAAUACUUCACCUUUGUGAUCGAGGUGCUCAACAGCUCCUUCCUUUACGGCGGCAACACAUCCUUCAUUAGUGUGGCUUUCCCAUCAUGCCGCUUUGGGACGCUGUAUGGUCUGAUCAUGGCUCUGUCUGCAGUGUUUUCUCUGCUGCAGUAUGCCUGCUUUGCCCUGGUGAAUGGACCUCUGGAUGGCGACCCUUUAUAUGUGAACAUCGGUCUGACGCUGCUCACCCUGCUCGCCUUCAUCCAUCCCCUCUCUGUCUUCCUACACUGUCGAAGUCUCGCCUCCCAGCGAGCCAUCAGAGCCUCCUCUUAA